CUAAGCAAGCUUAAAUCUUAAGCAAAAGCCAGCUCUCUUUACCGAGAAAAUCAACGACCAAUAAAAGCUACGUUUCAAUUUUUGCCAUUGAACCACCGAUUUAGUUUGUCUCUGCUCUUGUACUAAUAAAACAUUCUAAUGGAUUGUUCCAAAAAGAAUAAACUUUCGCCAAUGGAGAAUCCCGACGCCCCGGCGGAGGAGCUACGGGAUCGCCGCCCGCCCGCCCUUGGAGAUCUCCGAGUUCUCCCCGAUGAACUCGUCUGCGCCAUCUUGGAGUAUCUCACUCCUCCCGACCUCGCUCGUCUCUCUUGUGUCAGCAGUGUGAUGUACAUAUUAUGCAAUGAAGAACCACUAUGGAUGAAGCAAUGUUUUCGAAGUCUCAACGGUCCAAUUCAGUACAAAGGCUCCUGGAAAAGAACCACAUUGCAUUUGUUAGGACAUCUAGUUGGAGAAACUGAUGAACUUGGCGGAAAACAAUUGCGUUUUGAUGGAUUCAACUCUUGGUUCCUCUAUAAAAGACUAUACAGGUGCUAUACCACAUUGGCGGGUUUUGAUUUUGACAAGGGAAAUGUGGAUAGAAAGGAAAAUCCUUCUUUAGAAGAGUUCUAUUGCGAGUAUGAUGGGAAGAAACCGAUUUUGCUUAAUGGCCUGGCUGACACUUGGCCAGCAAAGCAUACAUGGACAACAGACCAGUUAUUGAUGAGCUAUGGCGAUACAUCAUUCAAGAUUUCUCAGAGAAGUUCGAAUAAAAUAUCGAUGAAAUUCAAAGAUUAUGUCUCAUACACGAAACUGCAGCACGAUGAAGAUCCCCUGUAUAUUUUUGACGACAAGUUUGGGGAAGUAGCACCAGGCCUGUUGAAGGAUUAUAAUGUGCCUCAUCUUUUUGAAGAAGACUUUUUUGAUAUCUUAGACAGAGAUCAGCGACCUCCAUUUAGAUGGCUCAUUAUUGGACCAGAGAGGUCUGGUGCCUCUUGGCAUGUUGAUCCAGCUCUUACCAGUGCUUGGAAUACCCUUUUAUGCGGUCGUAAAAGAUGGGCAUUGUACCCUCCUGGAAAAGUUCCUUUAGGUGUAACGGUUCAUGUAAAUGAAGAAGAUGGUGAUGUCGCCAUUGAUUCUCCAACUUCACUGCAGGUAUACCAUUCAAAUGCUCUAGCUCUUUCUGUAAUUGGGUAUCUUUCUUUGCCUUAUAAAUUUACCCUCGAGGAAUUUUAUAUAUGUGAACAGUGGUGGUUAGAUUUUUAUCCACUCCUUGCCGAUGAAGAUAAACCAAUUGAGUGUACUCAACUCCCUGGGGAGACAAUUUACGUUCCAAGUGGAUGGUGGCAUUGUGUCUUAAAUCUAGAAACAACUAUUGCUGUUACACAGAAUUUUGUAAAUUCUCGAAACUUUGAAUUUGUUUGUUUGGAUAUGGCACCUGGAUACCGUCAUAAGGGAGUCUGCCGUGCUGGUUUGCUUGCACUUGAUGAUGAUGGUUUUGAGAAUAUUGUCAAAAACAUCUCUUAUGAUAAUGACGAUUUGAAUUGCUCUGACCUUUUAAGGGAAGUAACAAGGACAUUAAUUGAACCUGGAGAGAAUCCAAAAUAUGGAAAAAUGGAUCAUGUUGCCAAAAAUUACAAAUUGUGGAAAAAUGGUUUCUCUUAUGAUAUAGAUUUCUUAACUAAGUUUCUUGAUAAAGAGAGAGACCACUAUAAUUCUCCUUGGAGCUCAGGUAAUUGCAUGGGACAACGGGAAAUGAGGGAAUGGUUGUACAGGCUUUGGGUAGGUAAACCAGAAAUGCGAGAGCUAAUAUGGAAGGGAGCAUGUAUCGCACUAGAUGCAGGCAGAUGGUUGGAAUGCAUGACUGAAAUAUGUGUCUUCCACAAUUUGCCUCGCCCUACAGAGUUUGAAAGGCUUCCUGUUGGCACUGGUAGCAAUCCUGUUUAUCUCAUGCCGAAUUGUGUGGUGAAAAUUUUUGUUGAAGAAGGACUGGAAACCUCACUUUAUGGUUUAGGCACUGAGCUUGAAUUUCACAGCCUUCUUAGUGAAGUCAACUCUCCUCUGCAAAAAUAUAUCCCUGAAGUUUUGAGCAGUGGGAUACUUUACCUUGAAAAUGGGUCUUAUAAGAUUGUACCUUGGGAUGGAAGUGGAGUUCCUGAAGUUAUUUCCAAGUGUGAUUUUCUUUCAGUGAAGAAAGAAGGUAGCUUUCCUUUUGGCAUAUGGAGUAAGCAACAAUAUGACUAUAGAAAAGCUGGGAUGACGACUACGUCAUUCAAUUUAGUUGGGGGCACUAGGAUAUGGCCAUACAUGAUAACAAAAAGAUGCGAAGGAAAAAUAUUUGCACAAUUAAGAGAUAAACUAAACUGGGAAGAGGAGCUAAAUUUAGCUUCCUUUCUCGGUGAGCAGCUACGCCACCUUCAUUUGUUGCCACUUCCAUCUCGUAAUUCAAAUUUAUCAGAUACUGAAAGUGCAGUACAAUCUAACCAUACUAAUGGUUAUGGGGAAGCUUUUGAUGAAUUAAACAUGCCAGCUGAAUGGGACAUCUUUGUCAAAACUCUAAAUAAGAAGAAAAAGGAUGCCUCUAACCGCUUGACUACAUGGGGGGAUCCGAUUCCUAGCUUUCUAAUUGGGAAAGUUGAUGAAUACAUCCCAGAUAAUUUUGCUGAAUUGCUAUUUGCUUUUGAGGUUGAAAAUGACAAAAGCAAAGUUUCUAAACCCCUCUCCUGGAUACACUCGGAUAUUAUGGACGACAAUAUUCACAUGGAACAUGGUAAUAAGAAUUCUAAAUUGAGUGAAGCUUUGAAAGAAGCUAGUUCCCCAUGUAAUAGCUCCAUGAAUGGCUGUGAUGACACUUCAAUGGAAAAAUCAUGGCAUCCUAGUCACCUUCUUGAUUUCAGUGAUCUGUCUGUCGGUGACCCCAUUUUCGACUUGAUACCCUUAUACUUGGAUGUUUUUAGAGGUAACCCCCGCCUCCUGAAGCAGUUAUUAGAAAGUUAUAAACUUCCAUUAGUGAAAAGUUCAUAUCAGCCCAAGUCAGGGGAGGGUGGUCACAAGUACGAACGAUUAUCAUACCAUGCUAUGUGCUAUUGUAUUGUUCAUGAAGAUAAUAUAUUGGGAGCUAUAUUUAGUAUAUGGGACGAACUAAAAGAAGCAAAAUCCUGGGAAGAAGUUGAGCACACUGUGUGGGGUGACUUAAACAGUUACAAAGGUCUUCUUUGAUCAUUUUUAUUUUUUUAAAAAAAUAAUAAAAAAAUUUCCAACUUUUGCAGAGAAUCUUUUGUUCUAAAAACUGUACCAAAUUUGUCUGUAAUAAAUAUAUAAUUUUUAAUUACAAUAAUUAGUGAGGGACUUUAACACUUUUGUUUUUUAAUUGUAAUGUUGUAAUAAUUGUUUUUUUUUUUUUAAAAAAAAAAUAUAUAUUGUUUAUUGAUUAUCA